CUCAAUCUCUCAAUCCCUCAAUCUCUAUCUUUUCUAUCUAUCUUCCUUUCUUCCUACACAAAUAACCAACACAAUGGCUUGGGGCUGGGGCGAAUCCGACGACGCUCACCGUCAGGUGUACGACAACGAGAACAAGCACGAGAGCCACCUCUCCCACGAGGUUCUCGCCGGUGCCGCCUCGUUCGCCGGUAUGAAGGCUUUUGAGGACCACCAGCGCAAGCAGGGCAAGAACGUCUCCCACUCCACCGCCAAGGAGGUCCUCGCCGGUCUCGCCGGUGCCGAGGUCGACAAGCUCGCUGAGACCAAGGGUCUCGACCAGGCCGACAAGGUCAAGGCCCACCACCACGCUAAGAAGAACGCUGAGCACAUGUACGAUGAGCACUACGUUCAGGGCCACGGUGCCGAGGAGUACAACCCUGGUCAAUACCAGCCUCACAAGAGCUUCUCUGGCCGCGGCUGGUAGAUUUGAGGUUGAUUAGGAU